AUGUCCUACCCCUCACGACCCCUCCCGUCACACUUGCGACAGGCGUCCACCUCGAACAAUGGAAAUUCGUUGCAAGGACAGUCUCCUGUUCUACUUGCGCGCAUCAACGAGAAACGACAGGAACUUGAAAACCUAAAGGAGCUGAGAGAUCUCAGUGCUGGGCUAGCUGGGCAAAUGACAGUUCUAGAGGAAAAGCUCGCAACACUGUCAAACGGCACCGAAGCUGUUGCGAUGGUAUUAGGCAACUGGCAUAAUGUUCUAAGGGCGAUAAGCAUGGCGUCAACGAAAAUAACGAUGCCUAAAGUCUCCCAAAACUACGAAGAAGAACGAGAUGACGAUGUACCUCUGCCACAAACACUUGUGAGAAUUCCUACAGAGCAGGCUCCGUUAAUACAGCAACACGAGGAGGCGGCGAGAGAAGCUACCAAUGAGGACCAAUAA